CCCCCCAUUGACCAUUGACCCCCCAAACAGCUAAUCCAUAAAUAUCUCUCUCUCUCUCUCUCUCUCUCUCGUGCAUUAAAUGCGGGCUCCAGUCUCGAAGUAGCAGUUCCCUCCUCCUCCUUCUCAUCAGGGUUUGGCGAAGAUCGGAUUCGUGAUUCGUGUUCAGAUCGGUCGCGUCGACUGACGGAUGCGUUGUUAGGGUUUUGAGGCCGGAAUGGAGGGGCGCGUGAGGAAGUACCACCGGCAAGUGAGCCCGGAGAGGGCCAAGGUUUGGACGGAGAAGUCGCCCAAGUACCAGCAGAGUAAUCGGAGAGUUCCCGUGGUGUACUACCUCUGUAAGAAUCGGCAGCUCGAACAUCCUCAUUUCAUCGAAGUCCCCGUUUCCUCACCGGAUGGCCUUUACUUGAGAGAUGUGAUUGUUAAGCUUAAUGUUCUGAGAGGCAGAGGCAUGGCUUCAAUGUACUCGUGGUCUUGCAAGAGAAGCUACAAGAAUGGGUUUGUGUGGCAUGAUAUCUGUGAAGAUGACUUAAUUUUACCAGCUCAGGGAAGUGAGUACGUUCUGAAGGGUUCUGAACUUUUCGAAGAAUGUCAUUCAGGUCGUUUCAGUCCUGCUGAAGUUACAAAAUCAAAGAAUCAAAGACAAUUACCGGAACCAGCACCUUUGAGGGCUCAUGAUGAUUCUUCAUCUUCUUCAAGCAUGAAUGGGAGAGAUUCAAAACAUUCCCAAGACGACGAGCUUUCUCCUCCAGUCCGACAUACUGAUUCAUCUGGGGUGUCUCCAGGGUAUAGGGAUGGGAAAAGUUCCCCCUGGAAUGGUUGUCUAAGCUUAGCAGAGUACAAAGUCCACAAGGGUGAUGGUUUAGCUGAUGCUUCAACUCAGACCGAAGAAACUGUAAUCAGAACUAAUAAAGUUGGAGAGACUUGCACAAGGGGUGUUUCAACUGAUGAUGGGUCAUUAGAACCUGAGAGUACUGAAUCUUGUGAAAACAGGGUUCCACGAGUGGAAGAGUCUUCUGAUAUUUCUAGGGAAUCGAUUUCCCCACCUCCACCUUCAUCCAGUACUUCAUCAUCAGGUGGGAAGACUGCGACCUUAGAAUCUCUUAUCAAAGCCGAUGCUCGGAAGGCCAACAGCUUUAGGAUACUUGAAGAGGAGGAAUGUCGGAUGCCAUUGAAUACAAAGCUCAAGGCCUCAAACAUGCUGAUGCAACUAAUUUCCUGUGGGUCAAUUUCAGUGAAAGAUCACAGCUUUAGCCUCAUCCCUACCUACAGGCCAAGUUUUCCAUAUUCAAAAUUCCCCUCCCCUUUGUUCUCGACAUCGCAUGUGAUGGGAGAGCUUGAUUGCCUGAUUGAGAAUCCGAGGCUCAUGGGUCUGAGGUUGGAAGAAAAGGAAUACUUCAGCGGAAGCUUGUUUGAGAAAACUAUGCUCAAAGAGGAAGGAGACAGGUUUAUUGCUCUGAAACGAUCAUCUUCAUACAACGCUGACAGGAGUAGUAAGCAAUAUGAUUUAGCUGCAGACAAAGAGGAGACUUUGGUGCGGUCGAAGUGCAUCCCAUUGUCAAUAAAGGUUUCGCUAAGCAAGCAUCCAAGAAGUGAAUCAAUGAGAUCCCCUGUUUCUGAGGGACCAAGGAUCUCCUCUGAUGGAGCUGAUAGCUCGCGAACCAUAACCCCUAGCAUGUCUGACGGCAGCAGCCAAAGGAUCACAGAGCCUUCCACCGGGAAGCAACAAUCGAAUAGGCUAGAUUCUUUCAGGGAAGAGAAGGAAAAGGUGAUCAAAAUAGAAGAAAGGCUUGCUUCUGGAGCUCGGGUUAUAAUCCAAUCAACACCUUAUGAAACUAGUGGAAACUCCUGGGAUUAAACCCCUCAUUUGCUGUUGGGGAUGGGGCUUCAGGCGUGGUGUGAGUGAACUUGCCCCUAUAUUUUGAAUUUUGCUCUUAGUAAUACAGCCUUUUUGCAGGAAUGAAUUGUACUUUUACUAGUCUUUUCUUACGCUGUAUUGAGUUGCUUCAGCUACUGUUCUGCUAUGGAGCCAAUAGUCCCCAGUAGUUCCUUUGUAGCUUCAAAAAUGCUAGCCCACACACUUGUGAUUGUGGGUGUAUAAGUGAGUGUGGUUCUAGCAUUGCUCUUUGUAGCUUAAGCAAUCGUAGACUAGGGGAAAAACUGUGUUAUAGGGACAACAUUUGGUAAAAAUUGGCUCGAUUUUGUGUGCA